AUGAGUCCACGGCGCAACAGUGAGGACAUCGAGCGAAUAGAGCGUGGGCUUCGCGAGACUCUGAAAGAGCAAGCGCGAAAUCUGCAAUCUUCGCUCGCAGCCCUAGCAGAAAAGAUCGACGAAGUCAAGAACGAUCACGACAAGCUCGAGACCGAGAACCGCUUCCUACAGGAUUACAUCGGCGGCCUGACGAGAACCAUGUCGAGAGACAAUCUUGGCCGAAGCGCGAGUACCAGCAGCAAGAAGAAGGGCAAACGAUGA